UCUGGUCACAUCAUGCUCUGUUUUUCCGGGCUCUUGCCCAAAAAUAUUACAAAAUAGAAAUUGCAUCUUGAAACAAAUGUCACCGAACGUGGAACUGGCUUGAAUAGCACCCGUGAAGCUAAAGCCUCUUUCUCCCGCCGCAGGAGUGUCCCUACCAGGAAAUCAGUCUCCGUUACCGAAGUGGUGAGAAACCGAAAGAUGACACAGAAGGUAACCAAGCUGGCGCUGGCCAGUCGCCUCAUCGUGCUCCUUGUCCAACUGGUGGCCAAUGGAGCCCUGCCGGAGCACAGGCCUGAUGUAUUCCGAGCGCCAAUCUCAAAUGAGCAGAAGGGCUGCUGCGAGUGGAUAGACAAGCUGGUAAAGCGCUGCUUGGGCGGAUUGAGGCACUGGGAUGGCGAGUACUUCAUGCACAUAGCCGGAAAUAUGUACACCUACGAGAACACCUUGGCCUUCUACCCACUGUUUCCGGUUGUGGUGCGUCACGUGGCACAGGCACUAGAGUUUGUCGGCCUACCCUUGUCUCAGGAAUCCGUCCUUCUGCUGGUGGCCGUCGCCCUGAACCUCUGGCUCUUCUGCGAGUCGGCUAACCUGCUGUACCAGCUCACCCACCGCAUGUUCAACGACCUCAACAAGAGCUGGAACGCGGCUCUGAUCUUUUGCUUCAAUCCGGCGACCAUUUUCUUCACGGCAGCCUACUCCGAGUCCUUCUUCGCCUACGCCAGCUUCCACUUAAUGCUGGAGUGCCUGAAGCCAACGGAUAAUUUCCGGUUUCUGCGUAUGGGUGCCGCUUUAACCGCCUGCGUACUGUGCCGUUCAAAUGGAUUGAUCACCAUGGGAUUCCCGCUGUACUUCUUUGCCCGCCAGCUGCUGGUCAAGGGCAAGGAACCCACCUCCUGCUGGCAGCGGGGACAGAUGGCUCUAACCCUUCUGGCAGCCGUGGGCAUUCUGCACACCUACUAUUUCUACAUCUACAGACUGUACUGCCUGCCCUCGACGUCGGAAGACCAUCCUCAACACAUUGUUGACUACGCGGAUAAGCGAAAGUACCUAAUGUCUGGUCAGGGAUCCGAAGGAUCUCCCUGGUGCCAGUACACGCUGCCCUUCCCGUACACCUACGUGCAAUCGCACUACUGGGAUGUGGGUUUCCUGCGCUACUACAAGUGGAAGCAGUUCCCCAACUUCCUGCUGGCCCUGCCCAUGCUGAGCUUCAUGCACUGGCAUUGCUACACUUACCUGCGGGACUUCAUCAAGGUGUUUAGGGCGAAGGUUGCCACGCCCUCUCUCUACCGGGAACUGGUAAAGGAGCAUAUUGCAUUCCCCUUCGUGCUGCACGCUGCCUUCCUCACCCUCGUCUGCACCGUUUACGUGCACAUCCAGGUGUCCACGCGGCUCCUUGCCUCGGCCACUCCUGUGUUCUACUGGUUUGCCGCCGACCACAUGCCCAAGACGCUGGCCCAGCUCAGGCUGCGCUCCAAGGCGGGAGCUCUCUUCGUAUGGUGCACCACCUACAGUUUUGUGGGAACUGUGCUGUUCAGCAACAACUAUCCCUGGACGUGACUUAUGUAAUGGAAGAGGAGCUGGAAGAGUAGCUGGUUGCCAAAGAGACUGUUCAUCCGCAGGGAUUGCUUUUUAGUGUGUAAAUAAUCGUCCAAGUUUUCUAAAUUUAUUUGAGACGCUCAAUAGUAUUGGCUAUUUAAGUAAGUUUCCCAUCGUCUUAACUUUAAAUUUUAAAAAUGGCACAACAAAAAUUAUUGACAAUUUGGUCAAUAUGAAUAAAGAUUUAAAAUUGC